CGCAGGCGGGGACCGGGAAGUCUCGCUCGCGGGGACCGGCGGCGGGGCGGUGGCGGUAGGGACGGGCCGCGGCGUUCUGGGGCGCCCGUCCUAGCCCCCCCCACUACCACCCCCGCUCUCCCGGCUGGCGGCGACCGGCUACAGCUGCAGCGGGCCCGGGGCGUGCGGCCUGGAUUUUUCUUGACGCCUCGAACAUGAGCCCCACACAGUGGGACUUCCCCGUGGAAUUAUGUUGUCGGCCUAUGGCUUUCGUUACCCUUACGGGCCUGGAUGUAGUUUAUAAUGCUGUUCAUCGAGCUGUCUGGGAUGCUUUCUGUGCCAAUCGGAGGGCUGAUCGGGUGCCAAUUUCUUUCAAGGUGCUCCCAGGUGACCAUGAGUAUCCCAAAUGUAGACCUAAGAGAACUUCAUAUGAAUGGUACAUUCCUAAGGGGAUCUUAAAGACCGGCUGGAUGAAUAAACAUCUGAAUCUGGUGCCCGCCCUGGUGGUUGUGUUCUAUGAGCUGGACUGGGAUGAGCCUCAGUGGAAAGAGAAGCAGUCUGAGUGUGCUACCAGAGUGGAAAUAGUCAGGCAAAGUUUACAAGGGAGAAACACAAAAGUCGCAGUGGUUCUGAUUCAGAAGAAAACUCCUUUGCCCCCAGGAGAAGAUGUCACUGCAUCAGAAAGAGCCGCAGCUUUAUGUAAUGCGUGUGAACUCUCAGGAAAAUCUUUGUUUGUACUGCCCCACACUGACCACCUGGUGGGUUAUAUUAUAAGAUUAGAAAAUGCCUUUUAUGAACAUGCACAGACUUAUUACUACACUGAGAUCAGAAGAGUGAAAUCUCAUAAGGAAUUUUUGAAUAAAACAACACACCAGCUUUUAUUUGUUAGACAUCAGUUCAAAAUAGCUUUCUUCAGUGAGUUGAAACAAGAUACACAAAAUGCUCUGAAGAAUUAUAGGACCGCCUAUAAUCUUGUACAUGAGUUGAGAGCCCAUGAAACUAAUAUUCUGGAAAUAAAGACUAUGGCAGGAUUUAUAAACUACAAGAUCUGUAGGCUGUGUUUUCAGCACAACACCCCAUUGGAUGCAAUUGCUCAGUUCCGAAAACACAUUGACUUGUGUAAGAAAAAAAUCGGAAGUGCAGAGCUGUCUUUUGAGCAUGCUGCAUGGAUGUCUAAACAAUUCCAGGCCUUUGGAGAUUUAUUUGAUGAAGCUAUUAAGUUAGGGUUGACAGCUAUUCAAACUCAGAAUCCCGGUUUCUAUUACCAGCAGGCAGCGUACUAUGCCCAGGAGCGGAAACAGCUUGCAAAAAGCCUCUGUAAUCAUGAAGCUUCUGUAACGUAUCCCAAUCCUGAUCCGUUAGAAACACAAACAGGCGUUCUUGACUUUUAUGGACAAAGGUCAUGGCGACAAGGAAUACUAAGUUUUGAUCUUUCUGAUCCUGAAAAAGAGAAGGUGGGAGUUCUUGCCAUUCAGCUGAAGGAGAGAAGUGUUGUUCACUCUGAAAUGAUAAUAACUCUUCUGAGCAAUGCUGUUGCACAGUUUAAGAAGUAUAAAUGUCCAAGAAUGAAAAGUCACCUAAUGGUUCAAAUGGGAGAGGAAUAUUAUUAUGCAAAGGAUUAUACCAAAGCUUUGAAGUUGCUGGAUUAUGUGAUGUGUGAUUAUCGGAGUGAAGGAUGGUGGACCCUGCUCACGUCCAUACUGACUACAGCUCUGAAAUGCUCCUACCUCAUGGCCCAAUUAAAAGAUUACAUUACUUAUUCCCUAGAACUCCUUGGAAGAGCUUCAACUCUGAAAGAUGACCAGAAAUCUCGGAUAGAAAAGAACCUCAUAAAUGUUUUGAUGAAUGAAAGUCCUGAUCCUGAACCCGACUGUGAUGUCUUAGCUGUAAAGACUGCUCAGAAGCUGUGGUCAGACCGGAUCUCCCUGGCUGGUAGCAAUGUCUUCACCAUAGGGGUGCAGGACUUUGUGCCAUUCGUACAAUGCAAAGCCAAGUUUCAUGCCCCAAGCUUUCAUGUCGAUGUUCCUGUGCGGUUUGAUAUCUACCUGAAGGCUGACUGUCCACAUCCCAUUAGGUUUUCCAAGCUCUGUGUCAGCUUUAAUAAUCAGGAAUAUAACCAGUUCUGUGUAAUCGAAGAAGCAACCAAAGCAAGUGAAGUUUUAGAAAAUUUGACUCAGGGAAAGAUGUGCUUGGUUCCUGGUAAAACAAGAAAGUUUUUAUUUAAAUUCGUUGCAAAAACUGAAGAUGUGGGAAAGAAAAUUGAGAUUACGUCGGUAGAUCUGGUUCUGGGCCAUGAGACAGGAAGAUGCGUGGUUUUAAAUUGGCAAGGAGGAGGAGGGGACGCUGCUUCCUCCCAAGAAGCCUUGCAGGCCUCACGUUCUUUCAAAAGACGGCCCAGGCUCCCUGACAAUGAGCUUCACUGGGACAGCAUAGUCAUUCAGGCAAGCACAAUGAUCAUCUCUAGAGUUCCAAACAUUUCUGUCCAUCUGCGACAUGACCCUCCUGCCCUGACUAAUGAAAUGUAUUGUUUGGUUGUGACUGUUGAGUCCCACGAGAAGACCCAAAUCAGAGAUGUGAAGCUCACCGCUGGUUUAAAACCCGGACAGGAUGCCAAUUUAACUCAGAAAACUCACAUGUCUCUUCAUGGAACAGAACUGUGUGAUGAGUCCUACCCGGCUUUACUCACUGACAUUCCUGUGGGAGACUUACAUCCGGGGGAAAAGCUGGAAAAAAUGUUAUAUGUUCGCUGUGGAACAGUAGGUUCAAGAAUGUUUCUCGUGUAUGUUUCUUACCUGAUCAAUACAACUAUUGAAGACAAAGAAAUUGUUUGCAAGUGUCACAAGGAUGAAACCGUAACUAUAGAAACUGUCUUCCCAUUUGAUGUUGCGGUUAAAUUUGUCUCUACAAAGUUUGAGCACCUGGAAAGGGUCUAUGCAGACAUCCCCUUUCUAUUGAUGACGGACCUUUUAAGUGCCUCUCCCUGGGCCCUCACUAUUGUAUCCAGUGAGCUACAACUUGCUCCUUCUAUGACCCCGGUGGAUCAGCUAGAGUCCCAAGUGGACAAAGUUGUCUUACAGACUGGAGAGAGUGCUAGUGAGUGCUUUUGUCUUCGGUGCCCAUCUGUUGGAAAUGUUGAAGGUGGAGUGGCAACUGGGCAUUAUAUUAUCUCCUGGAAGAGGACCUCAGCCAUGGGAAAUGUCCCUGUCAUCAGUACCGUCAUCACUCUGCCACAUGUGAUCGUAGAAAACAUUCCCCUCCAUGUGAACGCAGAUCUGCCAUCCUUUGGGCGUGUCCGAGAAUCCUUACCUGUCAAGUAUCACCUACAGAACAAGACUAACUUAGUUCAAGAUGUGGAGAUUUCUGUGGAGCCCAGUGAUGCCUUCAUGUUCUCAGGUCUUAAACAGAUUCGAUUACGGAUCCUCCCGGGCACUGAACAGGAAAUGUUAUAUAAUUUCUACCCCCUGAUGGCUGGAUACCAGCAACUGCCAUCUCUCAACGUCAACCUGCUUAGAUUUCCUCACUUCACAAACCAACUGCUCAGGCGUUUUAUACCUACCAGUAUUUUUGUAAAGGUCUUGUACACCCAGCCUAACCCCAGCUCCUGCUAGUACAUUCUUCUCAUUUUCUUCCACAGUAAACCUCUUCCAGGUAGUGCUUAAAUCCAUAAGGAAAAGUUACAGAAAAAUAAACAUUUGUAAGUUUUAACAUAACUAACAUGUCUUUUUCCUUGAAGUUCUCUUUUUUAAAAUUUUAUUUAAAACAGUUAACAUGUAAUGUAUUAUUGGUUUCAGAAGAAGUCAGUGACUCAUCAGUCUUACAUAAUACCCAUUGCUUAUUAUAUCACGUGCCUGCCUUAAUGCCCAUCACCUAGUGAGCUCAACCCCCCACCUUCCCCUCCAGCGACCCUCAGUUUGUUUCCUAUGUUU